AUGAAGGCACCAUGUCGGACCUGUGACGCACUGGACAUGCGUGAAAUAGUUUGAAGAGAACAUUUUGGUCAUUAUUACUAGCAGAAAGAAUCGAAUCAUUAUGGAGCACACCGGCAUCGAGGAGGUGAACCAGACGCACCACGAACCCAUCAGCUUUGGGAUCGACCAGAUCCUCAACAGCUCGGACCAGUCCAGCGGCUGCUUGCUCCCCAACAGGACCGGGGAGGCGGACUACUCCCUGGCCGCCUCCAACGUCUACGGCAACGGCUACAACGGCGUCUACAACCCGGCCUGUUCCAUGGGCCUCCCGGGCUCCUACAACGUCAACAUGAACAUGAACGUCAGCAUGAACAUGAACGUCAACGUCAACUCGGCUGGGGCCGGCGGGGUCAUCCGGGUGCCUGCGCACAGGCCCAUGCCGCCCCCGCCGGCGCCCGCCGCCGCCGCGCAGCCCUCCGCGCACCCGGUCCCCGGCAUGGGGCCCAUGGGCAACGGCAACUUCACCUUCCCCUGGAUGGAGAGCAGCAGGAGGUUCGCCAAGGACAGACUAACAGGGGAGCAGGCAGAGGAGAGCCGAGCACGAGAGGCCGCAGGGGGGGCGGGGGCGGCCGGGCCCCUCUGCCCUCUCCCCAAGGGGGACAUCGGGAGGGUCCCCGUCUGGAGCACGGUGGACACCUUAACUAAAUGCUAUUACCCCGAGCUCGCUCACCUGCGAGACGCCAAUGGCCUUCUUGCAGACUAUUCUUUCCCAAAGGGGGCUUGCCCAGCCGCCCUGUCCCCCUUCUCCGUGACCCGCCGCAUCGGCCACCCCUACCAGAACCGGACGCCGCCCAAGAGGAAAAAGCCGCGUACGUCCUUCAGCCGGGUGCAGAUCUGCGAGCUGGAGAAGCGUUUCCACCGUCAGAAGUACCUGGCGUCCGCCGAGCGCGCCACCUUGGCCAAGGCCCUCAAGAUGACGGACGCGCAGGUCAAGACCUGGUUCCAGAACCGGCGCACAAAAUGGCGGCGACAGACGGCGGAAGAGCGGGAGGCGGAGAGGCAGCAGGCCAACCGGCUGAUGCUGCAGCUCCAGCAGGAAGCCUUCCAGAAGACCCUCAGUCAGCCCCUCCAGCCGGACCCUCUGUGCCUGCACAACUCCUCGCUCUACGCCCUGCAGAACCUGCAGCCCUGGGCCGAUGACAAUAAGGUGACCUCCGUCACCUCUCUGGCAACUGUGGUGUGAAUGUGAGCGCGAUUGUGGCUUAUCCAAUCUUCCAGAUAAAAGGGGAAUGGACACUUUUUUUUUUCCCGCCAAGGAGCUGUGAGUGUAAAUAUGUGCUGAGUCCAUUUCCUGCCUGACACCACGUUUUCCGCUUUCCCUUCAGCUGACAGUCUAAAGAAGGGAGGAUUAUCUAACGGACACACGUGUACAUGCCCACCUGUCAAGACUCGCCCCCCCUUCCCUUUUUACGUCUGGAACCUUCGAGAGGACGCAGAGACUUUCUGCACAAAAACCGGUUCCCCUUUUGACUUUGUACAAGGUAUAACUGCAUGAAGUGCCACGUGGAACAUGACGUCAUCGCCCGCGCCCCACGACGGUCCACUUAAAGGCUCUUUUAUAUUAAAUCAUAUUGUGACUUUUUCAAAGGCCUCUUUGUGUCUUUCACGCUUCUUGCACACAUCGAUCCCGGGAUCGGUCCUCACAAUAACAACAUGGCGUCUGCUUCUUUGAAUAUCGUUUCAUAUUCAGCGAUAGAAAUUGAAAAAAACCAAAAAACUGUUGUUUUUUUUAUUUUAAAUAUAAAAAAUGA